ACUGCAAGCAGUUUUUGCAAAGCUAAGUUUAUGUGUUCGAAUCUCUUUUCGUGCAAAACUGAUUUUGUGUUUUUCGAUAGUUUUAGUUUAGAAUACUAUAAUGGAAUAUUUUUCCGCUUGUAUUCCGAAAUUUUUCUGAGAAUCUGAAAGUUUCUGGAAGUCUCUCUUUUUGGUAGGAGUGAUCACUGUGGUGGUAUCCACAAAGUUAGGCGCUUUUUCGCUGGAAAAGUAGAAUAUUACGGGUAAACCAGAAGUUAACGUCAAGUUGGUAUCAUUUGGUGAGUUUUGCUAAUCAUUGUGUGAUUUACACACUUAGACUUAGGAUAUACCCUAAUUGUCGAAUAAUUUUGAGCUGGAGACGUGUUGACACCAUAGAUUCGUUCUUCGAAACACAUGAAACAACUGAAAAUGGCUGUUUAUGUAUUUUCAAACAUGGUGAUCAUAAUCAUCAAACUAGUUUUUCAUUUUCUACCCUUGUUCUGCUGAAAAACCCAAUCAUAAAGUCUUUUAAAUGUAUUUAAAACUUUUACACACUGAUAUUAACCAUCUAGGGAAACAAUAUUUUUUUUAAUAUAAAAUGAACGACUAUGCCAUUUAUACUCUUUGACACACUGUGUUUUUUACAGUGCAAGACUCUCAUUUAAGUGUUUGUUUCCUAUGAUGAAUUUUUUUAACUGAAUAUUUUAUAGGCAUUACCAUGAAGAAAAAAGUCUAAUGAUGUGCGUCCAAUGGGGGACGUCUCAGAUCGUUUUUGAUGCAUGAACAAAGAAAAAAAAUUUGCAUCUAAUAAGAAUACUUGUAGUUGAUAUAAGCUUUAUUCUGUCGGAAUACAAGUGGAAAAAUAUUCCAUUAUAGUAUUCUAAACUAAAACUAUCGAAAAACACAAAAUCAGUUUUGCACGAAAAGAGAUUCGAACACAUAAACUUAGCUUUGCAAAAACUGCUUGCAGUUCUUGAAAGUGUGCUUCAUUCCAUCACGAAUGUUGACAAAACUUGAUCUGCGACACAGUUUUUAAUAACUAAUUAAGUUAGGAAAACGCUUUUGUAAUUAAAAUGGAUAUUCGACCAAGAGGAGAGUGAAUUCUAGUCACGUUCAAAAUUUCUUAGUUUGGACUAGUUACUGGGAAAACUUGAUGAUCAAAAAUAACUGUUUGAGUAUGGUGGACACUUUCAUUAAGGAAAAUCAUACUAAUGCAAGACGAACUACAUUCUCUGAACAUUUUACUCAAAUCUAACAAUGUCAUUGAAUAGCUUUAUCAACUUUCAAAUGUAUUUUACAUGACAUGACUGAGGAUGUAUAAAACGGAAGUUACAACAAGUUUGUAAAGGAUCUAAUAUUAUCAUAUUAUUGAAUGACAUUGAUGAUGUACAGUAAUUAAAUGGUUUUCUGGGUUUUUUUUUUUAUACAAAAAAAAAUUGGUUAGUCUAUUAAUAAACAAUGUAUAUCGAAAAAGAAAAAAAAAAAACUGUUCUUUUACUACGAAAAAAAAAUGACAUAAUCAAUAUGCAAUCUAUCAUAUUUAUUAUUCCUCUCUUUCUCCUUCUCUUAAACUACUUCUACUAUAUACGUCGUUAUCUUCACUUGAAGAAGAUCAUGCAAGUUUAUCGAGUUAAAUAAACAAAGAAUAUGAUGGGAUUCUUUUCUAUUUUUUUGCUACAUGCCAUUACUGUAUACAUAUAAAGAAACAGUAACUUCUGGUUUAUUUUAACAGUUCACUGAUACGCAAUAUCAAGCAUAGUAAUGUUCUCAUCUGGUUUAUUUCUAGUUAAGUGGUCAAUCUGAUUAUUUAUCGCAUAAACAAGCAGCAUUAAUUUCAGUUGGUUUAAAUUCAAUUAAUCGUAGUUGUUCAAAUAUUAUUGUUUUAUCUUCAAGUAUUUCACGUUUAACAUGUUCUCGUUGUCAAUUGUCGUCGAAUAUAAAUUCACGAGAAAUAAUAAUGACGGAUGCAGCCACUAAUACGUCAAGUCACGAAGAUGAAUUAGAUGUUCAUGAACGCGGAACAUUAUUGAGACCACGUCAUUAUCAUUACGAAAGUACUCGUCAAAUGUCGUCAAAUAACAACUAUCAUUUUGAACCUAUUGACAGCGAUAUUCCAAAUGCAUCCAACACAACUACCGCUACAACGACAACAACAUCAGCCAAUAGUAAAACUCAUCUCAUAAAACCAGUGCCAUAUUUACGUAAACCAUCACAUCAUCUAAAUUAUAACGAAGUCAAUCGUCAACCAAUAACAACCACCAUCACAACAACAAAACGUCCAUAUUCCUACGCACAUUCGGAAAAUUUAUUACGAAAUUCAUCAUCUGAUCUAAAUAAUCAAGGAGCAGGACUAUUAUCAUCGACUGACUUUGAAAAUAAUACUAAAAACAGUACAACAAAUAAUAAUACUCAUAUUUAUUCAGACAUGAAAAGAUCAAUAACGACAGAUACAUUACAAAUGAAAUAUGGUGAUACAUAUGGACGAAGAUUGCAUUAUUUUCCGAGCACACAAGAUGUUUUAGAUGCGCUAAAACGUUGCUCACAUGAUAAAGAAUCAUUUGUAUGA